GUCAGACAUCAAGGGAUUUCUAUUCUAUUUCUAUUCAUUUUGUUUUUACUGAAAGAGCCUGACAGAGCACAAGGAAUAUUUUGUAUCUUUUAAACUGGUGACCAAGACCUGACUAUAAAAGGAACAUAUAAUGACAGAUGAGCUGACGGUUGGCGAUAAAAUGAUGGAAAUAUGGAAGAGAGGAGACACAAAAAAAGAGUUAUCCCAAAUAGAUAAAGGAAUGGAAUCUCAGCCGAGGAAUAAAAUACUGCAUUCAAUUGAAGAAAUUCUGAAAAGGCCCUCAUGUGUCAGAAAAGAGAAUGAAGUACAUCGGAACUGGUCUGUCAUCAGAGAAAACAGCCAAGUAUAUAACCAGCAUCCAUGUACAGAAACUCAGAAUAUUCGACUACAUGAAGAGGCUCCAAAAGCUGCAGGAGACUGCAAGAGUCAAAGAAGAAAGAGGCAAACCAGGGUCACUUUUACACCAUUCCAGGUGCAGGAGCUCGAGAAGGUUUUCCAGCAAACUCAUUAUCCAGAUAUUAGCACCAGAGACCAGUUAGCCUCUCGCCUGCAGCUGACAGAGAGCCGAAUACAGAUUUGGUUCCAGAACCGCAGGGCCAAAUGGAGAAAGGUUGAAACACUCAGAGACAUAGAGCUGAUCACCAGGCAGCGCUUACUUUCGACCAAUCUUCACCGGCUUUAUUAUGAGAAGCCCCAGCUGCAAGCAAUGUGCUGCCUGCCCUGCUGUUUACCAAAACCUCUUCAAUCAAGGCUGUAUUUCAGCUCAUCAACAACACCGGCUGUGCUGAGCGCCGCACAUUCUCCUGGUCACAGGACUCCCUAUUUUAAAAUGCUGGGAACAGAACGAUAGCACCUUCACUAAUUCUGCGCAACAAUUUUUUUUACAUUGUUUUUAAUUACACGAGGCAAAGAAAAAAGUUUGAGAUGAUGUUAAAACGUAAACACGAAUCUGUAAAAUACUGUAGCGGUGUAUUUUGCUUUUAAUGUGUCACACUGUGUGAAGCUGAAAUAAAGGCACUGAUCCUUUUUUUUAUUUCAAUAAAGCUGAUUGCUUCAAA